AUGUCCAUGCAAUCUGGACGCAACGGCCCCCGGUCCAAGAGCGGCUGUAGUACGUGCCGCCGCCGCAAGGUCAAAUGCGGCGAAGAAAAACCAGUCUGCAGGCGCUGCUCCGCGCUACGCCUCAAUUGUGAAUGGGGUGUUCCUGUCAAAAGAGGACGCAGUACUCAAAUUCGCAAUUUAGAACCCGCUCCAGUCGCUUCCGAGUCAUAUCCGAUCUGCCCACUGCCGAAAGUCGAGGACCUCGUCGAUUUUCAACCAGAUGUGUUUUUUUCCAGCAUGUCGCCAGUCUCAUGGGCAGGCGAUGUCAUGUCGUUAGAUGCGACUCCAAUACCAUCAUUUUAUCCCCCAGUGCCCAUCGCGUCUCCUGUAUACCCGUCGUUGAACAUUGAUGAUCUCGCUUGCGCCAACUCAUUGACUCUCAACAACCUUGAUCGCCAAUACUUCCAGUAUUUCCCUUCCUCGUCUCUCGUCCAUUACUAUAUGAAGGGCUGGAAAUGGAGCAGCUUUUGUCAUCUUUACGAGGGUCCCGCCGCGUCCAACAAGGUUAUAAUGCGCAUGAUCCUGGCUAUCGCAGCCUGCGACAUGCAUCGCAAUGGAAUAGUUACGCGCUCCCCGGGCCGACCAACAGCAGACGACCACGGGCGAUAUCACUACGGUUUGGCGGUAAAAGAAUUCAGACAACUGUUGGAGACACCGCGUCAAGUGUCGCUGGAUGAGGUCGAAACGGUUUUCGCUACCGUAUUCCUGAUGAUCGCCUGGGAGUGGCAGUUUGGUCACUCAGUGCGCCAUCUUCAACUCCAUCUUCAGGGAGUCCGAUCACUUUUGGAAACACAUCCCCGACUGUUCCGCAUCAAGGAUGUGAACGACAUGUUCUUGGCUCCAGAUAUCCCAACAACCUCCGACGAAAAUUCCGCCGUUGCCAGAGUCUCGUUUAUACCGGAACAAUUCCUCUUGUGGAUAUUAUAUAUCGAUGCCAGCUGUCGCCCUACUGGGAUCACAGAGUCACUGAAUGACUGGGUCGUUCAAUCAGGUAACCCUGCACUACAGCCGGAUCAUCUUUAUCGCUGUGCUCGCCUUUGGGGCCGCUGCUUCUGGGGCGAGCAAUACCCCGACGAGGAGGUUUUAGAUGAUAUUGAGAACUACCGAGCCUUGGAGUUGCUUCAUGCCGGGUUUUGUUUGCGCCAUCGAACCUGGAAACUCCUUGUGGAUUCAGCGGCUGGUACCGCUGAGCCCAAGGAGCCCUUUUUGCGCGAGAUUGUGGCUGUUCGAGAGAAAUUCUCUGAUCUCUUUAUUACGGCAAGAUUUGCGGGCAGCGUUUCCGCUCGACGUACGCUCAAUACAAUAUACAUGGGAGUUUGUACAUUCUAUGCGCAAGUUCUACUCUAUCGCCGACUUCUCUGCGUCGGCGCUCCUCCCACGGCUCUUGACAAGCAAGCUGUUGCGGCGAUUAUUGACAUAUCACAAAAGCAAUUCCUCUCUGAUCCAAAGCUCCUCAGGAGGCUACAUUGGCCCUUGCUCAUGGCAGUGGUUGAAACAGGCGAUGUCGCACAUCGAGCCUGGCUCCGGCAACGAUUGUGGGAACUUCGUGAUUUCCACUCUGAAUUUGUUUGGGCACAUGAUCUCGCCGAAGAAAUCCUGGCUCAGCAAGAUGUGACCCAGGGACGAUAUCUGAAUCUGGCAGAAUUGCUACUUCAGCGAAUCAAUGCCUUCUGA